AUGAAGACUUUUGCCAUCCUCACCAUUUGUGCCGUACUGUCUGCAUGCAUGUCCAUGGGAGUGGACCCCGUACCUGAAGCUUCAGUUGAGCAAGAUCCCGAUCCCGCUCCCGCCGAUGCCGAUGCCGAUGCUGAUGCCGAUGCCGCACCUGCCUCAGAUUCUGACCCUCCAGCAGAUUCUGCCUCUCCAUCAGAUUCUUCCUCCUCCUCGGAAUCUGACUCAGCGUCUUCAUCGGCUUCUGACUCUGCCUCUGACUCGGCCUCUGACUCCGCAUCAGAUUCCGCCUCUUCAUCCUCUGAAUCCUCAGAAUCCUCAGAGUCCUCCGAAUCGUCCGAGGCGGCCAGCACCAAGGCCCCAGCCACUGAGGUGCUUGUGAAGAGAGAUGUGGCAUCAGCUCUUCUCAGGAGACACAGGAGGGCAGGCACCCCUGCUGCAGCUCUCACUCCUUUUCAGCUUGAGAGUUUGCGGGAAGUGUGUGAGGUAAAUAUGGCUUGUGAGCACAUGGCAGAAACAGCAGGCAUUGUGGCAGCUUACACUGCAUACUACGGACCCAUCCCUUAUUAG